CAUCUCUCUCUCUCUCUCCAGCGCAGCGUGUCGCCAGAGUGGAGAGGAAAACGGGGAGGAGUUCUUCCUCUGUGACUGGAAGAGAUGCAUGCUCUCAGCGAGGCACGCAACAGCAGCACAACACAUCUGACAAACUCACACAUACACACACAUGCUCUCUGUCACCAUCUGACACACACACACACACACACACACACACACACACACACACACACACUCGCACAUACUCUCAGACACAGUAGCACAACUCAACUGAAACACGCACACGUGUGGCCUCUGUCACUAUCUCACACACACACAACUCACACACACACACGCUCUGUCACCAUCUGACACACACACUCUACAUCACACGCUAAUUCUCCCGUCACUCUGACACACACAGCAUCUCACCCUGGCGGAUUUCUAGCCGGUCAGCCUGCCUGUGUUGGACGGUGGCUUCGGACAGCUGUGCAUGACUGUAGCAAAGAUGUCAUGGCGGCCCGUGUACCGGAGCUCUAAGUUCCGGAAUGUGUAUGGCAAAGUUGGCGGCCGAGAGCAGUGUUUCGAUGGGAUCCCCGUCACCAGGAGCGUCCACGACAGCCAUUUCUGUGCCGUCAACGCCAAGUUCCUGGCCGUCGUGACCGAGAGCGCAGGAGGAGGAGCUUUUGUUGUCAUUCCGGUUACCAAGGCAGGGCGGAUAGACCCAAACUACCCCAAAGUCUGCGGCCAUCAGGGCAGUGUUCUGGACGUCAAAUGGAAUCCUUUCAUGGACAACAUUAUAGCCUCAUGCUCAGAGGACUGCUCUGUGCGUAUUUGGGAGAUUCCGGAGGGAGGUCUGAGGCGGAACAUGAGCGAGUGUGUUCUGGAGUUGUUUGGCCACAGCCGCAAGGUGGGCCUCGUGGAGUGGCACCCCACCUGUGCCGGACUGCUGUUCAGCGCUGGAUACGACUUAAAGAUCUUAGUGUGGAAUUUGGAGAUGGGCGGAGCCGUGAAGGUGAUUGACAGCCACUCUGAUGUCAUCCUCUCCAUGUCCUUUAACACGGACGGCAGUCUGCUGGCCACCAGCUGCAAGGACAGGAGGCUACGUUUGAUUGACCCUCGGUCUGGAGAUGUUCUUCAGGAGGCUGAUUGCAAGAGUCACAGAGUAAACAGGGUGGUGUUUCUUGGCAACAUCAAAAAGUUAGCAACAACAGGCGUCUCGCGAUGGAACAGCAGGCAGGUUGCAUUGUGGGACCAGGAGGACCUGUCCAUGCCCUUGGUGGAGGAGGAGAUUGACGGCCUGUCUGGACUGCUCUUCCCCUUCUACGAUCCCGACACACACAUGCUCUACCUGGCGGGCAAGGGAGAUGGAAACAUCAGGUACUAUGAAGUCAUUCCAGAGAAGCCAUACCUGCAGUUUAUAAUGGAGUUCCACUCACCUGCUCCACAGAAAGGUCUCGGUGUGAUGCCUAAACGUGGACUAGAUGUGGGAGCUUGUGAAGUCUUCCGAUUCUACAAGCUGGUAACACUAAAGGGGCUGGUGGAGACUAUCUCAAUGAUUGUACCACGCAGGUCGGAGGCGUACCAGGAGGACCUUUACCCCAUGACAGCAGGACCAGAACCAGCACUCUCAGCAGACGAGUGGCUAAGAGGGGUCAACCGAGGACCAGUUCUGAUGUCCCUGAAAGCCAGCUACAAGCCACCAGGCCAGAAGGCCACCCGGGCCUCCAGACAGGGGAGGAGGCCGGGGCCCGUGCACAGCAUCGACCUGCUGGAGAACGUCCCGCCAAAGACCCACAGCGAGCUCCUGAGGAUGUUCUUCAGACAGGAGGAUGAGUUGAGGCAGAUGAGAGAGGAUCUGGUGCAGAAGGACCAGAGGAUCCAACAGCUGGAACUGGAGCUGAAGAACCUGAAAAACAACAACUCCUGCUCAUGACCCCUCACCAUCACCCUCCGACCCCCCGACCCCAACCCUCUCAGGAGCCUGACACUCAUAAAGCACUUCAGCAUAGACGCCUCACUGUCGACCCUAACGAGAUCCUAACUGUCGAUCCUAACGCCCCCUCGAACUUAAUCUCCCUCAAACUUCCUAACGAGUUUCACCCCCUCAAAUUUACUCUCCCUUAAAGGAGAAUUCCGGCGAUUUUGCACAUAGAUCUGUUUCUCAAGGUCACAGUUAAAAUUAUGCCCCCAGAGUAUAGCACUGUAGCUGCCUGCUACUAUAGCUGUUGGCUGCAGCAACUCGAGCUAGGUAGCACCGUUUUUGUUGUUUUAUUUUGUAUGGACAGUACUCGGUGACCUCGAGAAACGGUGAUCUAUGUGGGAAAAAAAUCUAAGUUUUCCAUUAAACUAAAUAAAAGCUCCUCUCCUCUCAUAAAACUACUCUCGCCCUCUUAAAUUUAACAACUGUACGUCCCCUCACAUUUAUUUUCCUUCAAACUACUCUUUCUCACUCUCUGAUGAGUGAGAUGUCUGAUAAGAGGACAUGGAGACAUUACUCUCAGCUCUCUCAUAAGACAUGGAGACAUUACUCUCAGAAACUGGAGAGAUUACUCUUAGGUCUCAUCGGAGGACAUGGAGACAUUACUCUCAGGUCUGAUGGGACAUAUGAGAUUCGAGGACAUGGAGACAUCACUCUGCCAUGGUGGGUUACUGCUGCCACCUCUUCUGUAGGACAUUUAUGUGACAUUUUUAGCAUGGGGCGAUAUCUGUUCCUUGUAUUUCAGUUAUUCACUCCUUAUUAUGAGCUCAUGUUCAAUGCGUUGUUCCUACAUCCCAAAACAGCAGUAAUCUGUGCAGUGUAGUCCUACACCUUCUCAGCCAUCGACAGGAGGCAGACACCCCACCCCCAAUGCUGACACUGUUAAAUAUAUGUACUGUAAAUACCUUCAAACUCUUGAAAAUAAUCUGUUUGCUUAUAAAUACCGUUUGCUUAUGUUGACUAUAAAAAUUGACCACUUCUA